UCAGACAAGUAUACUUUCCACGGUUGUAAGUCUCAUUUCGUGUAAAAAGAAAAAAAUCGCGAAUGGAGAUUAUAAAUAAGAAUAAAUCAACAGUAAUCAUCGGUUUCUCCGGGAACGUAAUCGAAAGCACCGCGUGUUUAGUUCCAGCGUUGUCGAAAUUGGAUUUUAAUCUUGAUUGGACACAAACCAGCAAAGAUCUGUACGCAAGGAUCCAAUCUUUUGCAAGGUCAUCGAUCCGACAGGAUAUCAGCGAAGGAUGGAUAAACAAGCUUUUCGUAAGAAAAAUCGAGCCAACCAAAGAGUCUCAUUCAAGGAUGCUGUCAGAUAAAGGAGUUAUUUACGCCUUGCACACGCACAAUAUUCGACCUGAUUCCAUUGACAAAUACUUGGCCAAUUAUGAAGAGAUUGUUAACAUAAUAAACUCCAAGAAGACCGAAUUGAAAUUGGAAUUAGUUGGUUCAUGGACAGUUGUAGCUGGUGAUAUUGAUCAAGCUCUGCACCUGUGGAAAUAUUCUGGUGGUUAUGAUAGUGUUGAUCGCACGCAAAUUGAAUUGUCCAAAAAUCAGGCAUAUCAACAGUUAUUCAAAGAGGGUGGUCAUUAUUUACGAUCACGUUAUUUACAAUAUUUAUUGGCAUUUAGUUAUUGGCCACCUCUUACAAAACGAAAUGGUUCAAAUAUAUAUGAAAUACGUAGUUACAGGCUACAGCCUGGUACUAUGAUAGAGUGGGGUAAUAAUUGGGCAAAAGCCAUUAAUUACAGACGCAACAACAAUGAACCUUUUGCUGGUUUCUUUUCACAAAUUGGCAGAUUGUAUAAUGUUCAUCACAUUUGGUGCUAUAAAAAUUUACAAGCCCGAAUGGAGACUCGUGAGAGUGCAUGGAGAUCCCCAGGAUGGGAUGAAUGUGUUGCAUAUACUGUACCAUUAAUCAGAGAAACACAUUCCCGUAUAUUAAGUCCAACUAGCUUUUCGCCAACGAAAUAA